AUAGUUCGUAGUAACAUAAGACAGAGGUUCCACAUGUUAUCUUGCCGUUAUCUUACAUACUGGCUCAAAACGCCCUUCCAGAAUUCCACCAGCACCGCUGUCACUAGUGUAACGGUGAAGUUUACCAUAUAAGGACUUCCCAAGUACCCCAAAUGGUAUCAUUGUUGCCACAUCAUUAGGACUGAAAAGCCACGUGACACGAACAAGCUAUGUCCGUUGAGGAUCUGUCAACAGAAUAUGACAAAAGCGGAACUUCCGUGUGCUAAAAAUAAGUAAAAUGACAUUCAAGAUUAUUCAAGUCCAAGGAUUUCAAGUAUUCUAUUAAUUUCUAUUUUCAACCAAGCCAAUCGACGUCCUCCAAAAAAAACGGCCUUUAAAAAUUAGUCAAUACGUUUAGACGUUAUAAUGCAGCGGUAGGCUAAUUAUAGGAAAUGAGCAAGCUUUCCUUUAAAAAAGUACUCUCUCAUGUUUUAAUGCAACGAACCAUGUUCCCGGGUGAUAUAAGGUCAGAAUUGUUGCAUACAGUGCCUUUGCUUCAUCAACCAUGACUGACACAUGAUAUCUUCAACAAAAUCAGGAAGCGCUGUUUGUAGAUGCGGAAGUCUAGAUAUAGAGCACAAUCGUGACCGCAAUAUGGCAAUCAAAGGUGUCAUACUUCUGCUGGAUCUAUAUUUUCUUCUUUGCCGGGCCGAUGAAGGCACCAACUUCACUGUUUCUGUGUUUGAAAAUGCCGAGAUUGGAACAGGAGUUGUCAGUUUGCCGAAUUUGCUUGGACAGAAGAAAGCGGAACUUCCGUGUGUGAUGUUGGAGGGGGAUCGCUAUGGUCGCUUCUCUGUGAGUACGAACUGUACAGUUGUGGUGGCCAGGCCGAUGGACUGGUCAGUACAGUCAGAGUAUCUUUUAAAGGUUCGUGUCGGAGGGCUCCAAGACCCUGGUCACCAUGUCGUCAGUAUCAAAGUAAAUGUGAGAAACGUUUUGGGCUAUCCUCCUGUGUACAACGAGACGUGUGCAACACCGGUCAACCUUAACGGGAACCGGUCUAAGGAAUUUCUAUUCAGUAUUUCGCUGAGUGCAGAAGCUGAGACAGCUGACGGAGAUGUUGUUUCUUUUGAGCAGACAAUUAGCAAACCUCUUGAGCAAUGGAACACGGACGAUCCUACUAUUUUAAUUACAACAGACAGUAGGUGUCAGGCUCGUAUAGCAAUCGCAGUCCAUAGACUGGAUGACUUUGCCUUUGAGUCAGGACAGUGGAAGAGGAUAGAGAAUUCGUACCUAUCAUGUAGUGCUAAAUCUGAUGACAUACUGCCAAAACUGUCAAUAGAGCUUAUCCACAAUCACAAAAGUCAAAGGGAAGACCUGCGUUACUUAGAACAGCAGAUCCCUCAAUUGAAAGAAAAACUUCAGAAUCCGAUUUUAAUAUGGUUAUUUUCCUUCGCAUUUCCAAAGAAAAGCAAAACUCAUUAUGUUUGCCAAUUUCCGACACUGCUGGAUCCUGUCGAAAUUUCACAAAAACAAUUUGGAAGAAUCGUCAUUGUGCAUGUUGAAACCCUAACUUUUGAUUUGACGCCGGUCGGCUGCGAUCCCGAUAAAUAUGGCGUUAUUUGUGAUCAGAUCUGCAUCUGUAAAAAUGGUGCCCGUUGCCAUGGCUUCAAUGGUGCCUGCAAAUGUACAGCCGGGUGGCAAGGUGUCGCCUGUGACAUUCCAAAGCCUGGUGUUUCUGUAACGACGAUACCUAGCGACCCUUCUGAUAUCUACAUUUCCGCUAACGUCACUGUUCACUGUCAAGUCCAUCACGUCAGUGCCACAAUGUUAGUAUUGCGACUUGCAAACGGAUCAGAGAUUGCUAGGAGCAAUGCUACUCGAUUAGAACAAACUCUUUUCAACAUACGGUUGAAAGACAAUGGUCUCUACCAGUGCCAGGCUUCAGACGCCAAUGGAAAUGUCUUCAAUGCAACCAUUGUAGUUGACAUUGCCAAGUGCCCGCCUAAUCGAAAAGGCGAGUUCUGUGACGAAGCUUGUGACUGCCUCCAAGGCGCGGCCUGUGACUGGCGGGAUGGCUGCGUCUGUCCCCCGGGGUGGACGGGAACCAGGUGUCAGGCAACCUGCCGGAACGGAACCUUCGGCGAGCGGUGUCUGAAGAAGUGCCGCUGCCGAAACGGUGCGAGCUGUAGCCCCAGCGACGGCAAGUGUACCUGCACGGCCGGCUGGUACGGACUGUGGUGUGACGUACCCUGUCCGAGAUACAGGCACGGUCUGGGAUGCCAACUGACCUGCACCUGUAAGAACAACGCCACCUGCGACAACGUGGACGGCAGCUGCACGUGCGUUGCGCCCUGGACAGGGAAGAACUGUGACGAAAAGCGAGCAGAACAAACAGUGCCACUACUGGAGAGCCUUGUGCCAGUUGGAUCCAUAAUCGUACUGGCUGCAUGCGUAGCGACAAUAAUAAUGCUGUACAAAAGGAGACAGUUGUGUUGUGGACAGCCAGACAGAGACAGAGAGACCGAAGCCCUUCUGCAGCUGGAGCAGGUGGAGUCAGAUCUGGCGCAGGCCGUCCGACCGGGCUGGCUCAGGCGCUGGGGCACGACCAGCCGACAUCUGACACUCGGUCAGCUGGUAGGUAUGGGCAGGUUCGGUCACGUCAUUCGGGCCAGGCUCAAGACAUCUGCCGGGGACGUCACCGUUGCUGCCAAGGAGGUUCGCACACGAGACGGUCCGUGUUACCGCAGCUUCUUCAGGGAGGCAGCCAUCUUGGUAGCCGUGCACGAGGAUCGGCAUCACGACAACCUUCGCUCCAACAUCAUCCAGCUGUUGGCAUUGGUCAAUGAGUCGACUAAAACGUAUAUCGUCAUGGAAUACGCUUCCAAAGGCUGCCUUUUACGUUUGCUGCAACAGAAACGACGGCAAAACCGACCACACGCACAGCCUCUCCCAUAUAAUAGUAAUCUCCGCUACGCCGUACACAUUGCCCGCGCUCUUCAGGAGCUCCAGCGUCUGGCUCUCACUCACGGUGACGUGGCCGCUCGGAACGUCCUCAUCACUGCCGACAACGUGGCCAAGCUGGCCGACUUCGGACAGGCCCGUGACGUCUAUACCACUGUCCAACACGUGUCCAAUGAUAAACGUGGCAAAGAACCGGCUGAUCGAGAUACAAACAACGUAGGACAUGAAGUAUUGCCGUUGAACUGGAUGUCUGUGGAGUCUUUAGAGACAGGCGAGUACACCUGUCAGAGUGACGUCUGGUCCUUCGGCGUGCUGCUGUGGGAGAUCGCCACGCUGGGACGAGAACCGCGUUACGGUGGCAACAACCAACCAACCUGCCACCAGCUCGCCAGGACACUCCGGAGGGGAGUCCGGCUGAGGAGGCCUCCGGAUUGUUCCGGAGAGAUGUAUGACGUCAUGAUGUCGUGUUGGCGGGAAAGUCCACCAGAAAGGCCGGUUCCGAAUGUUCUAGAGACGAAACUCAUGCAAAUGUGUCACACGAUGAUUACGGAAAAGGAAACCACAGUUUGAAUGUUCAAUCGUGUUGUUGGGAUAUUGCUGUCUAAUCCACAGUACAAGUCAUGCCGAGAAAAUGCAUUUUCUCAUUGUAUUAGAAACUCAUGCAAAUACGGCGAUAAUGGAAUAUGAAAACGUGUUCAACCGUGUUGUUCUAAUAUUGCUGUCCGUGUCAUAGAAAGGGCCUUUUCAUAUUGUGAGUUGAUUCUAAGAUGUCAGCAUGUAUCAUCACACACUAUUGUGCGCUUAACUGAUACUCGUCAUACACAUGUAUAGUAAGGUGGAAUCUUCUCCUCAAGGUGUGUUAUGCCAGCAAACAUUUUUUAAACAAUUGUACAACAUUGUAAAUGUAGUAGCUGUUAGAGAGUUUAAUUACGUCUGAAUUGCAUGCAGGUAGACUUAG